AUGCGGACGCGGACACCACUACUACAGCUACUACUGGCCAUUUGCUGCUGUUUCUUCUGCUGCUCCGCUUCCAGCAUAACGAACCAAGACGCCUUGAAGAAGCUGAAGAGAUACUUCGUCUUCCCGCAGGGCAGCAACAUCCAGGUGGUCUACUGUCUGACCAUCGGCGCCGAGGGCCGGCCCGACGGCGACCUCGUGCUCGGCCUCACCGCCGCCCUUGCCUACGAGCUGCCAAGCAGCAUAAGCGACGACGCGAUCAACGACAAUGUCCUGCAUCGGCGCAGUCGAGCCGCCGUCUAUCCGAAAAUCGAGGCCUUCCUGCAAUCAACGGGUCUCGACGGCAGAUCCUGCGUCAUGAGGGCACUCUGCGAGGCCGGCACGAGGCAUCCCAGUCAGCGGGGCAGCGGCAGCUUCGUCCAAGAGCUACUUCACGCCAUUUUCACGCUGAGACAAGACGGUGGCAGCUUCGACAGGGAGGAUCAUCGGGAAUACGACGAGGCGGCGACGGCGGCACACGAGGCUAGAAAUUGCGCCGAGCUCUAUCCAAGCUGUCAGCAGUCCAUCUACGAGUUGGACUUUUGACGAUAAAUUAAUCAAUAAAUAAUAUAUUUUUUAAGGUGUCGCAAAUAUCACACU